GUUCCAUACUCGGCGUACCGCGAUGUAUAAGCAGUACGGAGGCCUCCGUCGCGUGUAUCGAAUAUCGUAAAUCGUGCGUGGAACGUCUCCGUUUCUUCUUUGCAUUGCUUUGUACGUACCACAGUCUCCUGCGGUCGCGCGCGGCUGAGAGUGCGAAUUAUCGCGAUUUUAAUCACCGGCCGUACAACACUAUCCGCCUACGUUAAAAAACUUCCGAAUCCGCGCCGCGGUCCCGUUGAGCUGUUAGUUUUGAUUGCGGUGUAUCGAACGCCUAUCGAUUGCCCGGUGUGUCGUACGAAUCGAGCGACGAAUAAAUAUCACCUAUACGGUUAUUUUCACGCUCUGAAUCGUUUCCGACCAUUUUAUCUGCACGGCUCGGAUUAAAAUACGUUGAAAUUUUUUUCACCCGAAUAGAACAGCGGCUGUGUAGGCACCUGAGUCCGUUACCCUUCGUCAUCGGUAUUUUCUCAGUGCGUUACGCAAGUUCCAUUGUGUUUCGCUGAACCGGUGCCGCCGGUAUAUCGUACUGACACACUUUCUCGCGCUAACGUGAGACUCACUCGCGAUUUUCAAUACAGAACUCCGACUGGAUUUGUGUGCGCAUGGCUUGAUUCAUAAUGCCGAUUGUCAACCCGAUCGAUCGAUAUCCAUAUUCCUUGUUUUCCGUUUCAAUCGCCCACUAAUAUAGCACAAAGUAGUCGAACGCAUGGGUGCUGCAGCGAUGGAAUAUAAUUACACGCGGGUGUAACCGCAAGUCGAAUAGACCGGAUUCGACCUUGUCCUUGGCGAUUCAACGCCGUAGAUCCUAUGUUUUUUUUUACCGCUCGGUACUUCGCAAGAGUGAUCACACGGGAGUAGUUGGGUUUAAUUUAAUGCUUGCGAAUGUGUACAUGGUACCGGGAAUCGUUAGCGAGUUAUUCCGUUGAUUAACGUACUCGAUCUGGUGUUAUAAUUUGAUCGCUUGGCAGAAUGACAAAUUGCUUUUGCAGAUAAACAUUGCUCGGGAUCGCGUCGCUCGUGCAAAAGAUCGGAUUUUCAAAAGUUGAUAGACAUCGUUAACGUGAAGUGCGGUGGUGCGGACUGACGAUCGACGAACAGCAGCUAUUUUCAUAUUAAUCGCGCGACGCCCACCGGGUCUCGCGGGCAGAUUCGGUUUUUUACAACCCGUUGCGAAACAGUGCGGGCAGUGAUUCACCUGUGACGAUAUUUUGCUCGGCUACGCGAUGUCGCAUCUUCAGGCGAAAAAUCCGCCCCAUACGAAGGGAUACAAACAGGUAGAGAUUCAGGCGGAACAUCGACGCCGACAAUUCGCAACACUCCACUCGAUGAAGGGACGCUCCCAAGCGAUCGUACAUCGCAUCAACGAGACACUCCACCGUACGGACUCGAUGGUUUCCCUAUGCUACCGAUCCCUCGUCAACUUCGUAACUGACGACAAUCUCAUCGGCCUGCAGAAUUUUCUUGAGAAUAAACGCGUCCAAGUCGACGAUCGCGACGAAAAUGGUAGCACAGCACUUAUCCAUUCAGCAUCCAAAGGAAAGAUACAUUUCGUCCGCGAAUUGGUCAACCAUGGAGCCGAUGUCAAUGCCGAAGAUGGGGACAACUGGACAUCCCUGUUGUGCGCAGCCAAAGAAGGACACACGGAUAUAUGCUUGGAAUUACUGGAGCACGGCGCUGAUUUGGAGCACCGUGAUAUGGGAGGAUGGACACCCUUGAUGUGGGCGACGUAUAAAGGCAGAUCUGAAACGGUAUCAUUGCUCUUAUCGCGUGGAGCAGAUGUUAACGCUCAGGGCAACUAUCACAUAUCUUCUCUCCUGUGGGCGGCGGGACGAGGGUAUGCGGACAUAGUCAAAGAUCUGAUAUCUCACGGCGCUAAAGUCAACGUGGGGGACAAGUAUGGGACUUCUGCGUUGGUUUGGUCUUGUCGCAAGGGAAACAUAGAAAUUGUCGACGCGUUAUUGAAAGCCGGUGCCAAUGUCGAUACUGCUGGCAUGUAUUCGUGGACCGCUCUCCUCGUCGCAACUCUGGGAAAUCACGUUGAUGUGGUGACUCUCUUGUUGGAAUACAAACCGAACGUCAAUGCCUUGGAUAAAGACGGAUGUACCGCUCUAGCGAUAGCUUGCAGAGAAGGACAUCACGAAAUAGUUAAUGCACUUGUCAAUGCUGGGGCAUAUAUUAAUAUACAAGACAGGGUUGGUGAUACCAAUUUGAUUCAUGCCGUGAAAGGAGGUCAUCGAGGAGUCGUCGAAUCUCUAAUUAAAAAAUACGCCGACGUGGAUAUCGCUGGGAAGGACAAAAAAACCGCUAUUUAUAUAGCUGUAGAGAAAGGAAAUGUCGCUAUGGUGCGAUUAUUGCUAAACGCAAAUCCAGAUUUAGAAAUCGCAACCAAGGAUGGUGACACGCCUCUACUUAGGGCUGUAAGAUCACGCAACUCGGAAAUAGUUCAAUUACUCCUAGACAAAAAAGCCAAGGUUUCUGCCACCGACAAGAAAGGAGACACUGUGCUGCAUGUGGCUAUGCGAGCCAGAUCUAAGGCCAUCGUGGAGAUAUUACUCAGAAAUCCAAAAAAUAGCCAGCUGCUCUAUCGGCCGAAUCGGCAGGGAGAAACUCCCUACAACAUAGACAUGAACCACCCGAAGACGAUUUUAGGGCAAAUAUUUGGGGCUAGACGAUUGAAUACAAAUGAGGACAAUGAGAACAUGCUGGGAUAUGAUCUCUACAGUAGUGCCCUGGCAGAUAUCCUUAGCGAACCUUCGCUGUCCACACCAAUAACGGUUGGCCUUUAUGCAAAAUGGGGUUCUGGGAAAUCAUUUCUGCUGAACAAGCUCAGAGAGGAGAUGAAAAAUUUUGCAAGACAGUGGAUGGAUCCAGUUUUUCAGUUUUCAUCCCUGCUAUUUAUAGUCGUUGUGCAUGUUUCCCUGCUAGUCGGGGUGAUCGUCGGUCUAGCUGUUCAAUCAUGGAUCAUCGGACUCAGCGUUGGAGUCAGCCUUGUCGUAUUCAGCUACGUUUUUCUAGUGCUUGUUUGGUAUGCUAAUCAAAGAUAUGAUUGGUACUGGCCGUACAAUUUCAACGUAGCUCUUACUAAAAAAUUAAACGACCUGCGGCUCCUGCUUCAAGUUAUGUUCUGUCAUCCUCCCGGUGCUCAAGUCGGCGAUUCGCCAACAGCUCAACCAACCAAAUUUUAUUUUACCGAUCAAACGCGUGUUGGUACAACUUCGGCAGGAGAGAAUGCAGUGGUGCAAAUGGUUGGAUCCUUAUACGACUCCAUUGAGAGUGAUUAUGGAUCUCUCGCCACCAGACUGUACAGAGCAUUCAGACCAAAAAUGGCGAAGUCUACAUCCUCUUGGAAGUGGAGACGAGUUUGCUGCUUGCCAUAUAUUGUGAUAUUUGAAAUUUGCUUUGGUGCUUUUUUGUUGGGCAUUUCAAUACUCACCAUCUAUCUCAUCGGUGUCACCAGCAGUGUUCAUAUCAUCGAACGUGUAACUGCUCAUGUAAUUCUGUUAACAGUAGCACUGUUACUUUCAGUGGGGAUUAUAGCCAAUUUAUAUACAUGGAGCAGGAUGUUACAGGCUGUGGUAUUUUCCCAAAGACGGCACUUACAGCGUAGUAUUUCUAAAUUGGAAACAUUAAAGAGUGAGGGAUUCAUACAAACGUUGCGUGGCGAGGUGAACCUGAUGACGGAAAUGGUGAAAUGCUUGGACAGCUUUACAUCUCAACAAAGUAGGCUGGUAGUGAUCGUCGAUGGAUUGGAUAGUUGUGAACAAGACAAGGUGCUUCUGGUUUUGGAUGCUAUACAAGCACUUUUUAGCGAUAAUCAUUGUCCUUUCAUCGUUAUCCUAGCUAUUGAUCCUCACGUUAUUGCCAAGGCCGUUGAAGUAAACAGCAGGAGAUUGUUUACGGAGUCGAAUAUUGGGGGCCACGAUUACCUGCGCAAUAUGGUUCAUUUGCCAUUUUACUUGCAAAAUAGUGGGUUGAGAAAAUUAAAAGUUGCCCAGCAAACUGCCCAGUAUCACAAGAAGAGUGCUUGGACCGAGACAGAAGACAGUAUCAAUUACGCAACCACAAGUGCUAUUCAUCAUUCGGUAUCGAAUCGAAGACUGAGCACCGAGUCGGGAGUAAUGAACAGUACGGAAAAAUUGAAACCGCCUAGCAGAAAAGGCAGUAGAAAACUCAGACUCAGCGAAUCUAUAGCAAGCAGUAUUGGUAGUAAUUUGAACAGACUUGGAGGAGCCCAUGAUCUCAAUAAAAUGCUGCUCACGGACGAUUACUUCAGUGACGUGAAUCCGCGCAGUAUGAGACGACUCAUGAACGUCGUUUACGUUACAGGUAGAUUACUUAAAGCAUUCCAAAUAGACUUUAAUUGGUACCACUUGGCUAGUUGGAUCAAUAUCACGGAGCAGUGGCCAUUCAGGACUUCUUGGAUGAUCCUUUAUUAUGAUUUAUAUGAAGAGACCUUAGAUGAUUCUAUGUCACUAAAGGCUCUUUACGAUAAAGUGCGUCCGCAAAUACCGGUAAUGAAAGAUGUACAGCCACUGUUGGAAAUGGAUAGAGAUGAACGGAAGCUCGACGUGUUCCUAACUUUUCAUCGAUCUAGUCUCCUCGUCACAGAUAUGAAAAUAUUUCUUCCUUUCACAAUAAACCUUGAUCCUUAUGUUAAGAAAAAAAUCAAAGAAGAACAACAGGUCGUUGACGAAGAAGCUAUGACUUCCGGGAUGUUCAAAGGUCCAACUGCUCCGUGGAACACCCAUGCGCAUCAACAGGAACAUUGGCCACCUAGUAAGAGUGUCUUAACUAAUCGACAACACAGAUCCAGCCGUGGUAAUACUAUGCAAGGCUCUAUACACUCUCCACCGAUGCAACCUGGUUGGGUCAUGCAACCUGGGAUGGAAUGGCAGCCCCCACCGUGGAUACCAUUACCGCCUAUGGAGCCUGCGCCGAGGCCAAUAUCAGCUAUUACUACAAUAUCGGCAGAUAUCCUGGAAAUGAAACUAUCAAGUUUAUCCGUGAACGGGGUCUGCGAUUUACUAGGAAAAAUAGAAGAUUUGAGUACAAUCCAGGUAUCUCGUUAUAAAAAUGUUAUCAGAGAUAAUAACAUAAAUGGCCGAGUACUUCUCCAUUGUGAUCUACAAGAGUUGAAAAAAGUGCUUCAAAUGGCCUUCGGAGAUUGGGAACUUUUCCGAAUGGUGAUUGUGUCGCUCAGGGAAGCAGAACUGUCGUUAUUUAUUGCACAUGAAGAAGGCCCACGUAGUGUUCGAUUUACCGUAGGAUCAGACCAAAUUACACGUAAAGAGCCCGUGGUACAAAGUGGAUCUUCACGACCCAUUGUAGUUGACAAAGAUAAGACAACUUCGAGAACGGACGGCCCUGCCAGGCGGGACCCGAACAAGCAGUCUAUUAUGGAAAAACAGUUUCAGGUAACCCUCGAGGAACAAAUGAUCUGCGGAGCCUUGCAGACAUUGAACGAAGAGGCAUGCGAAGAUGUGCUGGAUGUACCGUCACCAGCUAUUGCUCCUACCGACUCACUUGCAGGUGGGCAUCCAGCUUCCCUCAGCAUCACCUCUGUACCUGAAACGGAGUUCGUCAUGCUACAAGGUUCCCCUCUCCUCCACUGGCAACCGGUCUUCGGAGAUCCUGACACAUCAGACGAAAGCUCACAGGACUCCACUUCGCAUCUCCAUCGUUCAAGCUCCCAACACAGUAUCAUCUCUCAGUGGAGUACAAGGUCGGCCUGUUCCCAAAGCAACUUGAAUCACAAACAACGAACCAACAGAAUGCGUUCUAGGCCCACAUCUCUCCUCAUCUCACCUCCUCCGUCACCCAGACCUGCGUUUCGCUCAAAAUCUGCUGAUGAAAGUUCUGCAGCAGACAGCAUCCCCAUGAAACCGAUAUUCUCGCUUUCUCUCAAUUCACACCAAGAAAAUUCCAAACUGAAUGUGGAGCCUACAGUUUCUAUAUCUGCGGCCAGUAGUGUCUCAGCUACAAGCCUGGAGAAGUUGACGAAAUUAAAAGACAAGUUGAUGAAAACUCUGCCAUUGUCUCCCGUGGAUGGUGAUGACCAAGGCUGCGAUGACGAAUCGACACCUCUGGUAUCAGAAUUGUCAACCCCUACGCGUUCGUUUUCAGACAGUACUCAACAUGGCUUUAGCCCCGCUGAAAGUAGCGAUGCAUCACCUGCUUCCAAUAAAAGUUUGCCACACGGAGGUGAGCGAUCUGUGACCAUUGAUUACCCAGACACUCUUGAUUUGGUAAUUAGAGAGACAUCCACUAAAAGAUUCCUCUCGCGGCAGGAUGCCAAAGAUCUAGAUGAUCCAGAAACUUCUGUUUGAGUCGUUGUAUGUUAUUCCAGCUCAGCUAUAAUAUGUACUUAGGACAAGUUCAAUGGCUAGUACUCACAAUCAGAUUAAACUGCGAUUGUACAUAUUUAUGGACUAUAGAUAUCAAUCUGUAUCUAAGUAUAAUAUCGAUCCGCCUUGUACAUUUCAUUGUGAAAUAUUAUGUGCCAUUUACAUAAUCUAGAGGUACUUAUUAUAAAGACACAAGUUUGUGUUCUGAUAUGUAGAAGAUAAAGAUAUAUUCUAGAAGCGCGAAUAUCUCGUACAUGAAUGUAUGUACAUACAUUAUUGGAGUACCUGCACAAGUACCUAACGCGGUAUUUGUAUGAAAUAGAAUAAAAAACUUUGGUGCCAGAAGUUGUGAAUUUCCAUUACCUCUGAUUGUCUAACCAGAGAAUGGGUUCACUUCAAAUAUUAAAUACAACCAGACGCGAGCAAUACCAUUUAUGGCUUUGGUAUAUACUCAAAUUGCGAAUUCAAUUCUCAUCAUCUAUGUCAAUUCAAUCCAUUCCAAAAUAUUAUUUGUCUAUCGACUGUUCACGGUCCCUAAUAUUCGUGCACAAUAAUCAAUCAGCAGGCAGAGUCUGGAUUAUUCUGAUGGGUUUUAUGGUAUCCAUCACUUGUUUAAUGUAAAUUACACCUGGGGUAUUCAGGUUUCAGGCAAUUUACCAACUUAUUACACCUACACUAACAAUAAGUAUACGACACAAGUAGUUAGAAUUACGCAUACUUUCACAUACGCAUGAUAAAUACUAUUGUAAAAUGUUGGCUGUGAUUGCCGGUUGCUAGUUUUGCAUUUAUCGAUUUAUGGAUGAAAAAAAAUAAAAAAAUAUUCGCGAACAAGUCCAUCGAUUCAAUGCCGAUGUCGAUUUUGCUCAUUGACAAUAUUCAAUCAAUGCCCAACUACGAUAGCGUCAAGAGUAUGAAAUAGUAAUGCCAAUUUUCAAAUGACUAUGAAUAACGUUAAUUCUUCUGAUUUCUACGAACAGCUUGCAUAUUGUUAUCUUUUAGAAAAUCGCCUUCAAGUACUUAUUACUUUUUUUUAGCGUUUACCUACAACUCCAUUAAUCCUCCGUUCAUUAUUUUCAUUUCAGCGUAAGAUAUCGCAGAGAAAUGUGAUGAGAACUCGAUUUUUAAUUUAUACAAGUCCAUAAAUAAUUGAAAGCAAUAAAGGUUUUUAAUUUCAAAGCUUAAUGGAGAACAGGGUGUACUUUUGAUUUUUUUAUCGCAGUUGUACCUUUAAAAUGACUUCACAGUAAUUCAAUCUUAUUAUGAAUUUUGUAUACACGAUGACUAUGAUAUUAUCAUUAAAUUGACAGAGCAAAUUAUACCGGCAAAAUCAUGAUAUCAUCAGAAAUGGUUAUGGAGAGAUUAUUUUAUUAUAGUGUAUAUUUGUGUGCCUUAAAUAAAACGUUGUUUUAUUACAA